AUAAUUAUUAUCCAUCUUAAUUCAUCAGUUAUUUCAGUCGCAUUGUAGUUCACACCAAUCUGUUCUCUGUUUUUUGAGAAUUGGGACAAAUCGUGCAUUUUGGAUACACAACAAUUUGUGUCGUGCAUUCUUGGCCCUUUUGUAAUACAAACAUCAGUGAACCUCUACAGUCUGAACAACGAGACCUUUUAAACAAGUCAGUCACAGAAAUGCGAACAUCAUCUCUGUUACUUGUAAUCAUUGUACUUACCAUACUGUGCACUUCUAAUGUGCAUUCAAAACAUCGCAGACGUUCUGACAAAAAACGGAAACCGACACACCACCCAAAACCGUCAAAACCAAAACCAAAGCCAAAACCGAAACCUUGUCGAAGAUUGACACACUGCGUGACUGAUCAGUGGAGUGUAUGGAGUAACUGUUCAGUGGCUUGUGGAACAAACGGAAUACAAGCACGUACUAGAAAGGUAAUUAAACGUGAAGUUUGUGGAGGUCUUUGUCCAUUUGAACUGAAGCAGGUUCGCGGCUGUAACCAAUACUGUCAAAAUGGGGGCACUCUGGGGCAAACAAGGUGUAAAUGUUUGCCUCGGUAUGGCGGGCAAUGCUGCGAAAAAGUUCACGGAGGAUGGAGUUGCUGGGGAGUAUGGGAAGACUGCAGUAAAACCUGUGGUGGCGGCAUACAGAGACGUUGGAGGACUUGUAAUAAUCCCCUCCCGGCCAAUGGCGGAAGGCCGUGCCCUGGGACGAGAGUUAGGAGUAGGGAGUGUAAUGUCACACCGUGUCCAGUUGAUGGAAACUGGUCGGCCUGGGGAUCCUGGGGCGACUGCAGUGUCACGUGUGGCGGAGGAACUCAAAGGCGCUCUCGUUCCUGCACCAAUCCCCCAAUGGCCCAUGGCGGAAAGCCUUGCACCGGACAAAGUACAAUGAUACAAGAUUGUAACAUGCACGUGAUGUGUCCAGUGAACGGAGGGUGGACAACUUGGGAAAACUGGAGCAAAUGUAGCGUAACUUGUGGCGGAGGAACUCAAACGCGUUCUCGUUCAUGCACCAACCCACCCGCGGCCCAUGGUGGCAAAACUUGUGUGGGUCUCAAAGAAAUUACACAGGACUGCAACAAAGAUGUGUUCUGUCCAGUGAACGGAGGUUGGACAAUCUGGGGACGCUGGGACAAAUGUAGUGUGACUUGUGGUGGAGGAACAAAAACGCGUUCUCGUUCAUGUACCAACCCACCCGCGGCCCAUGGCGGGAAAACUUGUGUGGGUCUGAAGGAAAUGACGCAAGAUUGCAACAAAGACGUGUUCUGUCCAGUUAAUGGAGGCUGGACAACUUGGGGAAACUGGAACAAGUGUAGUGUAACCUGUGGCGGAGGAACUCGAACACGUUCUCGUUCAUGCACCAACCCACCCGCGGCCCAUGGUGGUAAACCUUGUGUGGGUCUCAAAGAAAUUACACAGGAUUGCAACAAAGAUGUGUUCUGUCCAGUAAAUGGUGGCUGGACGACGUGGGGAGACUGGGACAAAUGUAGCGUAACUUGUGGCGGAGGAACAAAAACACGUUCUCGUUCAUGCACCAACCCACCCGCGGCCCAUGGUGGCAAAACUUGUGUGGGUCUGAAGGAAAUGACACAGGACUGCAACAAAGAUGUGUUCUGUCCAGUGAAUGGAGGCUGGACGACGUGGGGAAACUGGGACAAAUGUAGCGUAACUUGUGGCGGAGGAACAAAAACACGUUUUCGCUCAUGCACCAACCCAUCCGCGGCCCAUGGUGGUAAACCUUGUUUGGGUCUGAAGGAAAUGACUCAGGACUGCAACAAAGACGUGUUCUGUCCAGUCGAUGGAGGCUGGACAACUUGGGGAAACUGGAGCACAUGUACUGUAACUUGUGGCGGAGGAACUCAAACACGUUCUCGUUCAUGCACCAACCCACCCAUGGCCCAUGGUGGUAAAACCUGCCUUGGUUUAAAAGAAAUGACACAGGACUGCAACAAAGACGUGAUGUGUCCAGUGAACGGUGGCUGGACGACGUGGGGAAACUGGAGCCAAUGUAGUGUGACUUGUGGUGGAGGAAGUCAAACACGUUCUCGUUCAUGCACCAAGCCACCCGCGGCCCAUGGUGGCAAAUCUUGCAUGGGUCCGAAGGAAAUGACACAGGACUGCAACAAAGACGUGUUCUGUCCAGUGAAUGGUGGUUGGACGUCGUGGGGAAACUGGAGCAUAUGUACUGUCACUUGUGGUGGAGGAACUCAAACGCGUUCUCGUUCAUGCACCAACCCACCCGCGGCCCAUGGUGGCAAAACUUGCGUGGGUCUGAAGGAAAUGACACAGGACUGCAACAAAGAUGUGCCCUGCCCGGUUGCAGGUGGCUGGACUGUCUGGGGAAACUGGGGCGAGUGUAACAAAGACUGUUUAAAGACAAGAACAAGAUCUUGCACCAGGCCUCCUCCAUCUAAUAAUGGCAGAAACUGCAUUGGUCCUCCAUUACAAACAGUCAAUUGUACUUUUGAUGAGUGCGUGGGGGGUAAUGGAGGCGGUGGAAAACAUGAAAAUGGACUUGGAAUCAGAAGCGACUCUAGUGAGGGAGGCUCAGGGUACGCUGAAUUGUCGACGUGGUCUCUGUGGACCAAAUGGAGCGAUUGCAGCAGCAGCUGCGGCGAGGGAAGCAAGAGGUUCCGACAACGCACGUGCGGUAACGUCAUCAACAGGAUACACCGGAAGUGUUCGGGAAACAGUUUACAGAUUGAAUCCUGUACAGUUCCACCCUGCUGAAAAGGAUCAAGCUGUUAGCUCAAGAGUAUGAAGGGAACUUUCAAACGCCUUUUACGAUCCACUUUUUCUGAAAUUAUAGCGCUAAACUUGAGGAAAAAAGCUGGAAUUCAAUUUAGUAAGCGGUAUUCACGAAUUUAAAAUUAGACGAAGUGCU